UCCAGCUGAUAGAAUUGAUGGCAAAUUAGUAAUUUCCGGUAUCGAAUUCGGAGGUGUCACAGUAGACGAGAAAAAUAUGAUUCGAGAUUCUAAGGCAAUUAGACUGUUUUAUCCACUGGACCGUGCUACAGAAGAAACUAAAGAAAUGGCACUAAUGUGGGAAAAAACUUUUCUAGAAUCAACAUCAACAAUUCACAUGAAUAAUAUCGAAAUUUAUAAGUUCAUUGGUCAGUCUGUCAAUAAUGAAGUUAACCGAAAUGGCGAAAAUAUUUUUUCUCUCAUUAUUAUUGCGGCUCCAAUAAUGUUGAUAUUCUCUGCAGUUUCUUGCUUAUCAACUGAAGCACUGCGUAGUAAGCCCUGGUUGGGUAUUGCUAGCUGUGUAUCACCAUUCUUAGCCACUGUUGCAGCAUUUGGACUACUAAUUUACUGCAAAAUGGAAUAUGUCCCAUUAAACGUUAUGAUUAUUUUCCUGAUGUUAGGAAUUGGAGUAGACGAUGCCUUUAUAUUGAUAGCUGCGUGGAGAAGAACUGACGUUGACGCUUCUGUUCCAGAUAGAAUAAAAGAAGCGUACACAGAAGCUGCUGUCUCUAUCACUAUUACGUCUCUGACCAAUUUUUUUGCCUUUUGUAUGGGAUUUCUGACACCUUACAAAGUCAUUCAUAUAUUCAGUGCGUAUGCAGCUCUUGCAAUCCUGUUUGACUACAUUUAUCAGUUAUUGUUUUUUGGUGGCCUCAUGGCUUUAGACGGAUACAGAGAAAAGUGUGAUCUUCAUUCUGUUUUUUGCUGGCCGAUUAACCGAAAUCACCAAAAAAUUGAAAACAAAAAACAAUUCGAAUCGACAAACAAGGAAGAACAAAAUAUCUUUAUGGAAUUUUUUGGCAAUGUUCUUGGCAAAAUGCUGGGAAAACCAAUCGUUAAAACUAUCGUAAUUCUUCUGUUUAUGGUUUAUCUUAUAGGUGCAAUAUAUUGUAUGCAAUUCACUCAAGAAGAAAACGAUGUUGUUAUAUUUUUUCCAAACUUUUCUUAUAUGUUUACAUAUGCAUAUAUUGAAAAUAAGUAUUUUUCUAAUUAUAGUCAUCAAGUUCAAAUAAUUAUUAAUCAGUCAUUAGAUUAUUCGAAUGUCACUAACCAAAAUAACAUAGAAGAUCUUCUACAAAGUUUCGAAUCUGCUUCAUUUAUAUCCGAUUCGUCGACCACAGAAAGUUGGCUGAGAGAAUUUCUGGCAUUUACUAAAUCUCCAGUUGCAAAGUUUUCGCUUUCUGGUUACAAUCUCAGUGAUUCUGAUGACUUUUUGAGUGCAUUUAAAAAUGUUUUCUUGAAAGUAAACGUUGCAGGCAGAUUUAAAAACGAUGUUAUUUUUAAUAAAGAAGGCGAUAAAAUUACUGCUUCGAGAUUUCUAAUAUCCAGUUCUGAUCUAAGACGUGGAAUUGAUAAAAGAUCUUUUCUUGAAAAUGUAAGAAGAAUUGCCGACAACAGCAAAAUUCCUGUCAUUGUAUAUAAUUUUAGAUUUUUGUAUUAUGACGUCUAUGUUAAUAUUUUUUCAAACUGCGUAAAAUCGAUUAGUGCUGCAGGGGGAACAGUAAUUAUCGUUUUUCUUUUAUUUACUCCGAACAUAUUGUUUCUUUUGUCUGUUGUCAUGACUAUUGUUUCUAUUCAGGUUGGCUUGAUUGGAUACAUGUCUUUAUGGAAUGUUACUGUGAAUCCAACCUCACUAAUAACAUUAGUGAUGUGUACGGGAUUUUGCGUAGAUUAUGCAGUACAUACGACUUACGCGUUUCUCAAUUACAAAAAUAAAACUCCAAAUGAGAAAAUCCGAAAUUGCUUAUACGCUGCUGGAUAUCCUGUCUUACAGGGAUGCGUAACUACUGUUUUAGGUGUUUCGGUAGCGUAUUUUGGACCAUCGGAAUCAUUUGUAAUAUUUUUUAAAAUCAUAUCUUUAAUGGUAAUUUUCGCUUUAUUUCACAGUCUUUUUUUAUUGCCCGUAGUUCUCAGCCUUUUGGAUUCUCUUUCGUUUUCAAUAUUUAAAAAGAAAAAACAUAAGUUUGAAUGUAAUGAAAUUGUUUCGAACGAACUCGAUUCUUUAAAUUCUGAAAACACAAUUUAGAAACACGAAUGUUAAUAAUUGAAUUUGAAUUAAAGCAGUUUAUAUAAAAUAAAUCUGAAACAUGAUCAUGUGAUAUUUGUUUUAUGUAAUUCUUAAAACUUUGAUGUAAUCUCAUGUUAUUUGCAUAUUGAAUAAAACAUCAGUGUUGAUUUUACAAAAGUAUUUUACUUACAGCUGCGGUAAC